GGAGGGAGGGAGUGCCCACACAGCUCCUGCUCACUCCCAACAGGAGCUCCUGAUAGACAAGCCCAGCAAACUACCAGCUCUGCCAAGUGGAACAAAGCAGAAGCCCUCUUCAGACUGCUAAGGCAGUCUCACAAAGCUUCCCAGCCUCCCAGCCUCCCAGGAGAAGUAGGAGUCCCGAGACAGGAGACGGGACCUCUACGGAGAGAAGGCAGGCCGGCUCUUGGGGGUGCCAAUGUGGCCCCAAGGCCGAGCCCAGUUGGGUUCUGGCGUCAGCCUCAGCUCUCCAAGGAGCCGGCCCUCCACUCUAUGGGGUGGUCACUGCCCAAGGAGAAAGGAUUAAUAUUCUGCCUCUGGAACAAGUUCUGCAGAUGGUUUCAUAGACGAGAGUCCUGGGCUCAGAGCCGAGACCAUCAGCACCUGCUGCAGCAGAGGAGAAUCUGGGAGUCUCCUCUCCUUCUAGCUGCCAAAGAAAAUGAUGUUCAGGCUCUGAACAAGCUGCUCAAGUUUGAGGGAUGUGAGGUGCACCAGAGAGGAGUCAUGGGGGACACUGCACUGCACAUAGCAGCCCUCUAUGACAACCUGGAGGCUGCCAUGGUGCUGAUGGAGGCUGCCCCGGAGCUAGUCUUUGAGCCCAUGACUUCUGAGUUAUAUGAAGGUCAGACUGCACUGCACAUUGCGGCAAUAAACCAGAACGUGAACCUUGUACGUGCCCUGCUUGCCCGAGGGGCCAGUGUCUCUGCCAGAGCUACAGGCUCUGCCUUCCACCGAAGUCCCCACAACCUCAUCUACUAUGGGGAGCACCCUUUGUCCUUUGCUGCCUGUGUGGGCAGUGAGGAGAUUGUACAGCUGCUCAUUGAGCAUGGAGCUGACAUCCGGGCCCAGGACUACCUGGGAAACACAGUCCUGCACAUCCUCAUCCUGCAGCCCAACAAAACCUUUGCCUGCCAGAUGUACAACCUGCUGCUGUCCUAUGAUAGAGGAGACCACCUGAAGUCCCUGGAACUUAUUCCCAACAAACAGGGACUCACUCCCUUCAAGUUGGCUGGAGUGGAAGGCAACAUUGUGAUGUUCCAACACCUCAUGCAGAAGCGGAAGCAUGUUCAAUGGAAAUAUGGGCCACUGACCUCCACCCUUUACGACCUCACGGAGAUUGACUCCUCAGGAGAUGAUCACUCUCUGCUGGAACUUAUUGUCACCACCAAGAAGCGGGAGGCUCGCCAGAUCCUGGAUCAGACACCUGUGAAGGAGCUGGUGAGCUUCAAGUGGAAGCGGUAUGGGCGGCCCUACUUCUGCAUACUGGGUGCCAUUUACCUGCUGUACAUCAUCUGCUUUACCAUGUGCUGCGUCUACCGCCCCCUGAAGCCCAGGAUCACUAACCGCACCAAUCCCAGGGACAACACCCUCCUGCAACAGAAGCUCCUUCAGGAGGCCUAUGUGACCUCCAAGGAUGACCUCCGGCUGAUAGGGGAGCUGGUGAGCAUCGUUGGGGCUGUGAUCAUCUUGCUGGUAGAGGUUCCAGAUAUCCUCAGGUUCGGGGUCACUCGCUUUUUUGGACAGACUAUCCUUGGGGGCCCAUUCCAUGUUAUCAUUAUCACUUAUGCCUUCAUGGUGCUGGUGACCAUGGUGAUGCGGCUCACCAAUGCAAAUGGUGAGGUGGUGCCCAUGUCCUUUGCCCUGGUGUUGGGCUGGUGCAAUGUCAUGUAUUUUGCCAGAGGAUUCCAAAUGCUGGGUCCCUUCACCAUCAUGAUUCAGAAGAUGAUUUUUGGUGACUUGAUGAGAUUCUGCUGGCUGAUGGCUGUGGUAAUCCUGGGUUUUGCUUCAGCCUUCUAUAUCAUCUUCCAGACAGAGGACCCUGACGAGCUGGGCCACUUCUAUGAUUACCCCAUGGCACUGUUCAGCACCUUUGAGCUCUUCCUCACCAUCAUCGAUGGUCCUGCCAACUAUGACGUGGAUCUGCCCUUCAUGUACAGCAUCACCUAUGCUGCCUUUGCCAUCAUUGCCACACUGCUCAUGCUCAACCUCCUUAUUGCCAUGAUGGGUGACACCCACUGGCGAGUGGCCCACGAGCAGGAUGAGCUCUGGAGGGCCCAGGUUGUAGCUACCACCGUGAUGCUGGAGCGGAAGCUGCCUCGCUGGCUGUGGCCUCGCUCUGGGAUCUGUGGGCUCCAGUAUGGGUUGGGGGAUCGUUGGUUCCUGCGGGUGGAAGAUAGGCAGGAUCUCAAUAGGCAGCGAAUCCAGCGCUAUGCACAGGCCUUCCAGCAACCAGACAAUCCCUACUCUGAGGACUUUGACAAAGACUCAGGAGAAAAACUAGAGACAGCACGCCCCUUUGAAGCCUAUCUGUCCUUUCCUACACCCUCAGUGUCUCGAAGUACCUCCCGCAGCAGCACCAACUGGGAAAGGCUUCGGCGAGGGACUCUAAGAAGGGACUUGCGGGGAAUAAUCAACAGGGGCCUGGAAGAUGGGGAGGGCUGGGAGUACCAGAUCUGAAAGUUGGCUCUCACCAAGCAUCAAAAGAAAAUGAAAGAAAACCAACAAAAAGUAGCAAAGACCUAGAGGUCUCACCCCCAGGUCCAAGGGGGAUGAAGAGUAGCAUGCCAAGGAAUGAACUGGGAAAAUGCUCCAGGUUGCCGCAUCUCUUCAGCUUGGGAGCAAUGAGGAAGAACCCUUGCCUCAAGCAAACAUUCCUCGCUCUCUUAUGGAAGCUCCACUGCACGCCAGAGCACUUUACGUACAGGCUUGCCAUCUCACAGCACCACCUCCACCCAGGGCUUGUAAGUGGGAGGGGACAGAGCUCUUCCCAGGGUGCUUCAUAUGGGACUGAUGGGGAAACACUGAGCUUGUGGAAAGGUGUGCGAUGGAGUCAGAGAGAUAGCCGUAGGUGGGGUGGGGAAGCUGGACUGGGUCUAACCACCUUCCACCUUCCAAUAAAGUCAUUUCCUGAUCCCCGCCCA